GUCAUCCAAGCGCUGAAGCCCAAGCCCACCCUGGCCGAACUAAAACCCAUCGCAAAGAUCACACAUCCAUCGCCGCCGCCGUCGCCAUGGCCGCCGCCGAGGACGACGACAGCGACGUCAUCCUCCUUGCCCACCAGCUCCCCGUCGACAUGGACGGCCCCGACGAGGGCCGCCUCGCCCAUCUCCUCCCCCCGCUCCACCGCGCCCCUCCCCCUCCCCCGCCUCCCCCAUUCCGCCCGCCUCCCCCACCCCAAGCCGUCGCCUCCGCCGAGCACCGCCUCUCCUUCCGCGGCUGGCUCGGCGCCCCGCGUCACUGGGACCUCUGGGUCGCCAAGCUGCGCCCGCUCCAUGCCCCACUCUGGCGCCGCCUCGGCAUCCACGACGCCGUCCUCACCUCCACCUACAGGAUCAAGCCCGACGCCUCCCUCGUCCUCCACCUUGCCUCCUUCUGGUGCCCUGCCACCUCCACCUUCGCCUUCCCCUGGGGCGAGGCCACCCUCACCCUGCACGACGCCGCCCUCAUCGCCGGGCUCCCCGCCACCGGCUCCCCUGUCCCGGCGCCGCUCCAGCCCGAAUGGCGCCCCGACGAGGCCGCGCUCAACGGGGUGCGCCUCGGCUUCAACCGCAGCGCCUGCAAAAAGGCGCACCUCUCCGCCUGGAUCAAGCACUUCCUCACCGAUCACAACGACCCCGUUCUCGAGCACGCUGCCUUCCUCGCGCUCUGGCUCACGCGCUUCGUGCUCCCGGGCCAGCCGGAGUCCACCAUGCGCCAGGCUGUCUUCCCCAUCGCCGUCCGCCUCGCGCGCGGCGAGCGCGUCGCGCUCGCGCCCGCCGUGCUUGCCUCCCUCUACAGGGACCUGCGAGACAUCAAGGCAUUCCUUGUCGCCGCGGGUGCUGCCGCCACAACCGGCAAUGCUGAUAUGCUAUCUUCCUUAUCCCUCUACUCGCCCCUCUACAUUCUUCAUCUCUGGAUAUGGGAGCGCUUCCCUGCGCUCAGGCCUGGAAGGGAGAACCCUCAGGGCGAUGGUGAGCCUAUGGCUGCUCGCUGGCAUGAUCUACACAGAAAGGUCAGCCCGACACUCAUACGUGAGGUCCUCAGUUCAAGGGACAACUUUCUAUGGCAACUUCCUUAUGCCGCCUCUCUCAAGAAGUACAGCGGCUGGGUUUGCAGCAGCGAUCUCACCGGAAAUGAUCAACUGAGAUUGCUGGCACACUGCUUGCGGCCGUGUGAGCUUGUGGGGAUGGAUUGCAUUGAGCAAUACCUCCCGCACCGUAUUGCAAGGCAGUUUGGACUGGACCAAGAUGUGCCUAUGGAUGUUCGCCGUGCCAAUCAGGAUUGGGUGGUUGCUUGGCAGACCUAUGAACUGGAGGGGAAGAAUGUGAGUUUAUUCAUUCCACAGUCUGAACCUGGGGUCACAGCGCGGUACGCACAGUGGUGGAGGCAGCAAUUACCACCUUCUGAUCUUCAUGCAGGGGCACCAAGCAUUUCUGUGGAGUCGAAGAUUUCUAAGCGCAAGGUUAAAAAGACCCCAGCGGCCAUGGAAGCUGAGGCAGAGAAGGAGCGAAGGAUGAAGAAGGUCCGUGUCUCACCUAGUGACAAAAAACGCAGGCUUGAAGAGUUGUAUGAUCCAAAGUUCUCAGGUUGGCUUGCAGCUGGAAGGAGUGGAAUAAGUGAUGCUGCUGGCGGCAGCUGCAAAAAGGGAUACUUGCAGAAAUAUGACAUGGAAUCAGAUGAGGCGUUGUUGCCUAAUGUUGGAGCUACCAAUGAUGAUGUUGUGCUACUUCUGCCAAGGAUGCAAACACCAAAUCCUGUUGUAUUUGUGCCCAAGAAGUAUGAUAUCAUGAAUACGGCUUUAGGUGAUGGAGGAAACUCCAUAGUAGAUAUGCCCCCAGAAACCUCCAAUGAUGAACUUGAAAGAGAUGCUACUGCAAUGCAGAAGGAGGAAAAACUUAAUAAUAAUAAUCCUGUAGACUCGUCUCUUGAUAUCACAAAUAAGCCAGAAGGAGACACGGUGGCAAUGAAGUUGGAGAAGGAAACUAUGGAAAUUUCUGUAGUCAGGUCUGUUGGUACCACAGAUAGGCCAGAAGAAGGAGCUACUGUGGUAAUGGAGUUGGAGAAGGAAGCUAUGGAAACACAUCAUAUUCCUGAAGACGAUACUACAAAAGUUCCUCAAUCUGGGUAUGAAAAGUAUACUAUGGUAAUGGAGUUGGAGAAGGAAGCUAUGGAAAGACAUAAUAUUCCUGGAGAUGAUACUACAAAAAUUCCUCAAUUAGAGUAUGAAAAGUUAAGAGAUGAAACACCAAUAGAGGAAGAUGCUGAGGAAAAGCCCUGUGCAGAUGGCAAGGAUCUAGCAGAGAAAGAUGUAGAUGAGUCCACGGAGGUUUACAAAGUAAAACAAGCCGAAUGGGAGGCACACAACUUGUUAACGGAGAAAGAUGGUGAUAAUAUUACUGAUGCUCUUGGAGAGGGAUAUGACUUGUUAGUGGAGAAAGACUGUGAUAAUAUUACUGAUGCUCUUGCAGUAGAACAAGCAGCAGAAGGACAAUCCACAUCAUUGACAGAGGAAGGUACACACGGCCAUGUUGAGGAAAUUACUCUAGUGGAGCAGGUGGAUGGACAAAGCGAGGGGGCUACAAAGAUAGCAACAGAGUGCAUCCCUGAAGAAAUCGCUCAGGCACAUGAAAAGGAAUCUGAUAACGAUAUGAUGAUAUAUUCCAAGAAUUCAGCCAAUGGUGAGACGCCAUGUAGUUCAGCUCCUGUACAAUUAAAAGGAGGCACGAUGGCGAAGCAAUGCAAUCAGAAUGUUGAGCUGAAUAAUCAGAGGGAACUGUCAUCUGAUGCAGCUGCUAUGAAGGUUGAAGGAGUAUAUGACCACAAAACCACGGAUAUGCAUGAGGAAACAGCUCUGACACGGAAACAUGACCACAAAAUCAUAGGUGAGAACAGGGCGACAUCAAUAUUGGAAGGAAGCCAUAUGCUGGAUAGUGGAGUGAAAUCUGAUUCGAUUGCUUUGGAGGUUGAUGAAAUUCACACUGCAGGUGGAUUACAAAACAAGGAAAUUUCAGACUUGGACAAGGAAAUGGCUCCGAAACAGAAACAGGACGACAUAAUCAUAUGGGAGAACAAGGAGACAAUGGUUUCGGAAGGCAGCCAUAUGCUAGAUAGCAGAGUGAAAUCCAAUUUGGUCACUUUGAAGAAUGAUGAAACUCAUGCUGGAGGAGGAAUUCCAAACCAGGAAAGUUUGGGCUUGGACAAGGUGGUGCAGGAAAUGGCUCUGAAACAAAAACAGGACCACAUAAUCGAAUGUGAGAACAAGGAGACAACAGAACUGCGAGGCAUCCUUAUGCUAGAUAACGGAAUGAAGCCCGAUUUGGUCAUUUUGGAUGUUGACGAAACUGCUCCUGCAGAAGGAAAUGAAAACCAGGAUAUUUCGGAUUUCAACAAGCAACAAGGAAUGAAUGGAACACAGGAUCUUGUAACUGUAAUUGAGAACAAUGAAGUUAAUAUUUCAGAGGGUGAAGAUAUUCCUGUUUGCAGUGGAUAUCAAAUCAGACCUGCAAUUGAGAACAACAAAAUGAAUAUGUCAGAAGAUGCACGUAUUCCUGAUUGCAGUGAACAUCGAAUUGAUCCAACAGGUAUAGAGGUUAAUGAGGUUGAGUCUACCAAAAAACUACAGAACCAAGAACUUUUGGACAAUAAAGAACAACUAGCAGUGGAGGAAGGACAACAUCUAGGAACUACAAUUGAAAACAACGAAAUGAAUUUGCCAAAUGAAGCAAAUGUUCUUGUUUGUGGUGAAAACCAAAUCAAUUCAACUGGUACAGAUGUUAUUGAGGUCAAAUCUACCAAUGGUAUACAGAACCAAGAUCUUUUGGACAAUAAAGAAGUGAGUCUACCUGCAAGUAUACAGGACCAAGAACUUUUGGACAACAAAGAAGACCAGAUAACAGAGAAAAGAAUGGAGUUGAAAAUCGCGUAUGAAAGUGGUGUAUCCUUGGAAGAGGCCUAUAAACUUGGUGAUGGAGUGGAUACCUGUGCGGUUGCUGUGAAUGUUAGUGUUUCAAUGCAGAACAAGGAAACUUGUACCAUUGAGCUGGCAAUAGAGGACAAGCAACACCAUGAAGUUGAACAUGUGAAUGAGGAGAGGAUUUUGGAAGAUACAGUUAUGAUAGAUAGCGGUGGAUUGAAAUCUGAUGCUACUGAUGUGGAGGUUGACAUGGCUGGGUCAAAGGAGGGAACAAUGAACCAGUGUGCUGAAACGGCAAUGCAAGAGAAGCAGGAUCAGGAAAUGGCUGGUGAAGACACCAACAGAGAUGUGGCUGAUAUGAAUGCACUCGAAUGUAGAGUGAAACCUGAUGGAGCUGUUAAAAUGGCUCAUGAGACUCUUCGUACAACAGAAUCUAUUGAUAUAGCAGGGUCUAAAAUUUCUUCCGAGGACAAGGAGAAGGCAGCUUCCUUUGAAGAACACAAUAUAACAGAAGUUUCAGGCUUUGAAUUAAAUCAAACUACAGGGAUGGAGCCUGAAGGAGCACUUCAACUAGAGCCUAAAAACCUUGUAGAAGUGAAACAAGAAAAUUUGGAGAAUGAAACUGGAAGAUCCAUUUUUAAGGAGAAUGAUGAUGUGUCUUGCAAAGAUCAGACCUCAGCAUGCGUUAUGAUUUCUUCUUCAAAUAUUGAUGAUCAAUGUGAGGAUGAUAAUGGAUGGGGUGAAGAAUCGACAAAAAGCUAUGACAAGUUAGCUUCUGAUUCAAUAAACACAGCUUGUCGUCACCCUGUCAAAUUUGGCAAGUCAAGUAAUGAAGAGGUUAAGAGAGCACAUAAUAUCAGAUCUAUGUAUUUAAAGGAUAUUAAAGAAUCGCUGGGAAGAAUUCGUGCUGAACCAUCAAACAGAGUACAGGCCACCAAUUUUGGUUAUCCCUCUAGGCAUGCAGUUCAGGAAUCACACUCAGCUUGCAAGGAGAUCAAAGUGCCUUUGCGUGAUAGUGGAAGGGAUUUCGGAAGAGAUCGCGCACUAGAGUUGGUUGUUACAAGUCCAGCAGAAGAGACUUCUCGAUGGAGACAAGAACAAUAUGCACUUCAAAUUUUAGAAGAUGUGCAAAAUGCUCGAAUUGCUGAGAAAACUAGGAUGGAGAUGGAGAUCAGAGUACUUAAAUCACAAAUUGCUAGCAUGGAGAAACAGGUGAUGAACUUGGAUCACUUCUCUGAGGUGAAGUCCAGAUCAAAAAGGCACUAGCUAUUUGCAGUUCCAAAACAUGCAAGUGCUUGUUUUGCACAACAAAUCCAUGUAGAAUUGUACAGCUUUAGUUUUGCAAAACAAGCACCAAAGCAUGCAAGCUUUGUUUCCCAUCAUCUUCCGAUUUUAGGUCAGAUUGUGUGUUUACUCUGGAGCGAGUUUCAUGUAUCAAUUAACGUUGUAGGGUGGAGGAGGUGAGGAGGGGGAUAUGCCUUUGUGCAUUCUCGAAUAACCCCUGGUCUGUGUAUGGUGCCUGAGUUUUAACAUGCCCAAUUUAAUUUAGUGAUGUACUACAUUAUCAGUGAA